AUGGACUUGGACGCUGUGGAGGUUGGGCAUGACACUCGAACCUCUUUGAUGGUCAGAAACAUACCCAAUAAGUACACCCAGCAGAUGCUUCUUACCGAGUUUAUGGACAACGGCCACGGCCCUGGAGUCAUCGAUUUUUUCUAUUUGCCAAUCGAUUUCAAAAACAGGUGCAACAGAGGCUACGCUUUCAUCAACUUUGUGGACUUUAAGGACAUUCUACCGUUUCACCGUCGCUAUUUCGGAAAGCACUGGCGGACUUUCAACAGUGACAAGAUCUGUGACAUAACCUACGCACGAAUUCAAGGCAAGGGCGCCAUGCUGAAGCGAUUUGAGAAUUCGGCACUGAUGGAAAAGGAUGAUGAGUACAAGCCUCUCGUUUUU